CACCAUGUCUGUGUCGCACAGUUCUAAGCUCAACAAGGUGGUCCGAGACCAGUACAUGAAGCUGCCCCAGGGAGACAAGGUGCUGGUCACCUACGUCUGGAUCGACGGCAGCGGAGAAGGAGUUCGCUGUAAAACCAGAACUUUGAACCAUGAACCAAAAUGCAUUGAAGAUGUGCCUGAAUGGAAUUUCGACGGCUCCAGCACAGAUCAAGCAGAAGGCUCAAACAGCGACAUGUUCCUGAUACCCGUCAGAAUGUUCCGCGACCCCUUUUGUCUUGACCCCAACAAGCUUGUCUUGUGCGAAGUCCUGAAGUACAAUCGAAAACAUGCAGAGACCAAUUUGAGGCACACCUGUAAGAAGAUCAUGGACAUGGUGGAGGACAGCCACCCUUGGUUUGGGAUGGAGCAGGAGUACACCUUGCUGGGCAUCAAUGGGCACCCUUACGGCUGGCCUGAAAACGGCUUUCCGGGACCACAGGGGCCCUAUUAUUGUGGGGUUGGCGCGGACAAAGUCUACGGGCGUGACAUUGUGGAAUCCCACUACAAGGCUUGCCUCUACGCCGGCGUGAUGAUCUGUGGCACCAAUGCUGAAGUCAUGCCCUCCCAGUGGGAAUUCCAGGUGGGGCCAUGUAAAGGGAUUGAGAUGGGCGAUCACUUGUGGAUGGCGAGGUUCAUUUUGCACCGGGUGUGUGAAGACUUCGGGGUUGUCGCCACCUUGGACCCCAAACCAAUGACCGGCAACUGGAACGGGGCUGGUUGCCACACCAAUUACAGCACAGAGGAAAUGAGACGCGAAGGGGGACUCAAGUCUAUCGAAGCGGCGAUUGAGAAGCUGAGCAAACGGCACGACUACCACAUCCGUGUCUAUGAUCCCCGAGGAGGCCAGGACAAUUCCCGGAGACUGACGGGCCACCACGAGACCUCCAACAUCUUCGAGUUCUCGGCAGGCGUGGCCAACCGAGGGGCCAGCAUACGGAUUCCCCGCCAAGUUGGCCAGGAUGGGUGUGGCUAUUUUGAAGACCGCCGGCCUGCUGCCAACUGCGACCCGUACGCAGUCACGGAAGCCAUUGUGAGGACCACGAUCCUCAACGAAACGGGUGUCGAAACGAAAGACUAUGUGAAAGACCACGUGGAGCAAUCGAGACUGGAACGCGGCAUCCUCACAGACUGA